AUGAACCAACGUCUGCAAUGGAACGAGCAAGAGAGGCAUUCCGAGUUUAUCAUGACGACUGAGACCACUGAUGCGAACUCGGAAUUCCAGAAACUCUUACCUGUAUGCUGGUUGUGGGAGUCACUCGGUGGACGGAUUUGUUUUGAAACUGACCAGAUCAUCAUCAUCCAGAGUAAAAGGGAGAUUUCGUUCACGUGGACAGAAGAGAAAGCUGCGAAGGACAGAGGGCAAAGUCUCAGAACUAUUAUUAGGAAGAUACCACAAAAGACAUCAUCGACGUGGAAUACGAUCGGCUCGGUGAACACGUACGAGGCUGUACGAGAGUCUCAAAAACAAAAAGAGAUACACGAUAAAAGAGGUCUUGAGAAGGAGAGAAGAGCAGAAGUGUUCCCAUCUGUACCUUAA